GUUUGAUGGUAUAAAUUUCUUUUCAGGCUAAAGUUUAUGAAUGGUAUUCCUUUCACCUUGUUGUAUGUUAAUGUGAAAGUGAAAAACCAUAUCCACAAUGACAGCCACCACUCUGAAUUUAAUAGAACAAGUAUCAUCUAAGAAGAAAAAGCUAAACAAAAGUAAAAACAGAAAAAAGACAUGGAGGAAACAUAUAGACUUGACUGGCAUAGAAGCUGCGCUGGAACAGCAGGAAGAAGAUGAGAGACUUGGUUGCUUGGGAGAAGUCACAUCCAACUUCAUGUACCUGGACACUGGAGAUGGAGCUGCUGAUUCUACCAAAGAAAAUCGACCAGAAGAUGACCAAACUGCUAAGAAAAAGCUACCAACUCUGCGGCUUGAGUACACGGUUGAUCCUAAGACUGGUCUCAAGGCUACAGACCGGCCCAAGUCUGACAAGCUCAUUCCUGAACUACAACUUCUGGCUGGCCUACCUGGCAGUAAAGGUCCUUUUAAACAGUCCAGGUUCCGAGAGAAGGACACAUUCUUGCACCAGGUGCAGCAGAAGACUCGUCACAGCAAGAACCGGCGGACGGCACAUAAAGCUCUUGUCAAGGCUGCUAAUAGCUUCUCAACUACCAAAUCAUCGAGAAAAAUCAUCAAAUCAAAACAGAAACUUUCAUUUGACAAAAAUUUGUGGUCAGAAGCACCAGCUCCCUCAAGAGAAGACGAGCUGUCCGCUGAGGCCAUCACGCACAUGAAGCUCAGUCUAGGGCAGCAGCCCAUCAAUAACAGAUCCUCCAAAAUUAAAUGCAAAAACAUCCCUGCUGUGCCUCUGCCUCAUCCUGGUUUGUCCUACAACCCUGAUCUUGGAAGUCACCAGAAGUUGUUGGCCAAGGCUGUCAAGUCAGAAAUGAGUCGCUCAAAGCAAGCCAAGUAUACAAACGACAUGCGCACCUGUGACUAUCCGAAGGGUGCUGAGAUUGUGGAUAACAUAGAGACCAUCAGAGACAUGGAGGGGGUCCACGCCAACACACCUGCCAUCAAAGAGGAACCCAUGGAGGACGAGGACGAGGCCUCGGUACCGGCGGAGGCCCGUAAGAUGGACAGGCGGACGCACGCUCAGCGGUUGAAGUACCGCCGCCAUCACGAGGCCCUCAGGCUCGCCAAGCACCUCAAAGACAAGAAGAAGCGCGAGAACGCCAUCCUUAGGGCCGCGGAGAUCCAGCGGGAGCUGGACGAGGAGGACGCGAAGAAGCAGCGUGUCGCCGAAAAGAAGGCGCGCGCCCAGCGCAAGAAAGCUUUGAAGCCGCCGAAGACAUUCGUGGAGAGCAAGGACGUCGAGGUUGCGCUAAGCUCGGAGCUCCGGGACAACCUGCGGUGCGUGCAACCUACGAGCAACCCUGUGUUGGAGCGCUACACGCAUCUCUACAGACGCGGCCUGCUCUACUCCAACGCACGCACGCGAGUGUACCAGCGUAAAGGCGCCAUCAACAGCAUGCGCAAGGUUGUCAACAGGCCGGGCUAUGAGCGGCUCACGGAGAAGGAUUUCGAGGGCCCUCAUGACGUCACUGCCAGGCCUCUCAAGAGAGCCCCCAAGAAAAAGCUUUAAUUCCUAUCUGAAACCUGAUUAAUAAAGCAAUUAUUCCGAG